AUGAAACACAUCUCCACCUUGGCACUCGCUGCCAGCACCAUCAUUGGAGCCGAAGCCAUCACCCUUCAGAAGCGUUCAAAUGGCGCACCAAAGGUCGUCGAGUACGAGAUCGAGAGAAAGCACGUCGAGAAUCCCCUGAAGAGAGACCAUCUACGAAGACGUCAGAACACCAUCAGUGAAACUCUGGACAACGAGCAGACCCUUUACUUUGCCAAUGGUUCUAUUGGAACACCGCCGCAGGACUUCAGGCUACACAUCGACACCGGAAGUAGUGAUCUCUGGGUCAACGUUGCCACUUCCCAGUUCUGCGAGGACACGCAACAGAACGACUGCUCCAUCUCAGGCACCUACGCCCCCAACUCGUCCUCGACUUACGAGUAUGUCAACAGUCUUUUCAACAUCUCAUAUGUUGAUGGUUCAGGUUCGGCAGGCGACUAUGCUACUGAUGUCUUCCGCAUCGGUGGUGCCGAGCUCCAAGCCCAGGAAUUUGGUAUUGGUUACGUGUCGAGCUCCCAAGAGGGUAUUCUUGGAAUCGGUUAUCCUACCAACGAGGCCAUUCUCCAGUAUGUGAGAACUCCUUACGUCAACGUGCCCGAGCACAUGAUGCAGGCUGGUCUCAUCAACACCAAUGCUUACAGCUUGUGGCUGAACGACCUUGAUGCCUCCAAGGGUUCCAUCCUCUUCGGUGGUGUCAACACUGAAAAGUACACUGGCUCCCUCCAGACUUUGCCUAUCCUCACUGAGGAGGGUAUCUACGCCGAGUUCAUCAUCGCUCUUACUGGUGUCGGCUACAACGGCCAAGACAACUCGAUCGCUUCGAACCUCAACACUGCUGCCCUGCUUGACUCUGGUUCCAGUUUGAUGUACCUCCCCAACGACGUUACUGAGAAGAUCUACACUAUGACUGGUGCCAAGUACAGCCAGGAGUAUGGCGCUGCCUUCAUUGACUGCAACAUGCGCUACAACGACACCACCAUCGACUUCACCUUCUCUUCCCCCACCAUCCGCGUCAGCAUGUCGGAACUGGUUCUUGUUAUGGGCUACCAGGGUCGCAACCCUAUCUGCAUUCUCGGCAUUGCACCUGCUGACGGUACCACNCCCGUCCUUGGUGACACUUUCCUCCGUAGCGCCUACGUCGUUUACGAUAUCACCAACAACGAGAUCUCUCUGGCCCAGACCAACUUCAACAGCACUGGCAGCAACAUCAUGGAGAUCACCAACACAAGUAUUCCCGACGCCACUGGUGUCGCCUCUGCUGUCACUUCGGUUUCCCAGCAGACUAGCGCUGGUGGUCGUCUUGGCGGCUUCCCAACUGGCAGCUUGACCAGCAGCGGUAUGGGUGCCAACAUCACUNNCCCCGGACCCAAGGGUCUUGGUGCUCUUGCUGCUGUCGGUGCUGCUGCAUUCUUUGCCUUGUAG